AUGUCGAUGCGUGUCUGCACAAGCCUCCUCCAGGAGCCCUUGCCAGAAACGCUUCCAGUACCGGCAUCAGCACAGAAGUUCUUCCUAGCAGUGUUUGACAAGGCAGUGCGGUCUCCGUCGAUCGAAAACCUCGGUGCCGUUUUCUCACUGCUCGACGGUCCAUGUAGGCAGUCCAUUAGCCUCCUGCCUCCACACAAGCUUGAUGGAUUUUUGGAGCACCUCCGCCAGACAAUCAAAAGCCUACCAAGCCAUGGCGAUCAGGCGCUCACGCUUCUCUGCCUGGCCAUCGGCACGAUACUUUUGGAACAGAUGCCAUUCUCGGACUGCCUAGUACCGUCCACACUCCUAGAAAGCACACCCCCAGCACGCCAAGAUCGAAUCGGGCGCGCCAGCGAGCGUCCAAAGUUUCAAGAGUUAUUCACCGGUGAGAAGUCUUAUAAAACUCUUGACCUGUUGGCUUUGCGGACCUACCUCGCUUGUAAGAAGGACAAUACCAUCUCUCAAAGCGAGGCCGUAAAAACCGCUAGGGCCGCUCGCCGGACUCUUAGUGCGUUUCCCACGCAGGCCGUCGAUGCUUGGCGUCGUAAGAGCGGGCAUUGGAUCGAGAAAUUGGCGGAGAGCUUGAAAGCUGCGCAUAUCAGCCCGGAACUACAACUUGAGGCGUGGGCUUUUGUUGCGCCCUUGGCGGAAUCAUCACUCGAGCAUGUCCGGACCUUGGCACCUUUUGAGAAACUCUUACUUAACCUUGGUCAACUGUCGGUCACUCAUCGACAAUUGCGGAGUGCCUUGGAUGUGGCUUUGCGCUCCUUCGCUCCUCAUCUUAGUGUGCCAUUCUUCUUGGAGCUGCUGCGUCGUGCGUUUAGAGAUGUGGUACAGCCAAAUCAGCAGCGAUUCCAGGAGUCAAGACUGUAUAGCGUCUUGAUGCGAAGCCUGACAAGUGUGGCUCAAGUCAGCCCGCAGACCAGAAAAGCUCUCCUGUCAGCACUCGUGUCCGACGAGCUGCAGGAUAUACUUCAAUGCUUUCUCACCACAUCGAUCUCUACCUCGCCAGCGGAAGUCCUUCGAGCCGCCGCAUGCGCGCAAGCUUCUCUGGAUAUGCGGAUGCAACUGGGUCUUGUUACAUGCUCGCUAUUGCUCAAGUCUGCCGUCGCUGCACAGGCAGAGGGGCAUGUCAUCGCAUUGUCCACUAUCUGGCUUCUGCUUGACAAGCAGCAAGAGUUUGCAAGGCAGCUGUCGCCGUGUGGACAUUCAACUGAAGUUGUACGACAAGCGCCGAAGAUCUCUCUCGCUCAGCUGGAAGGGACGCCCAACGUACAGGUUGACAGCCACGACUGGCGAGCACGGCUUGCCGCAGAGUUUCAGACCGAGGCCAAGCUGCACCACGAGGCUACGGUUCGUACAGUUGAUCAGAUCUGUCGAGACCUGGAAGAAAGGUGCAAAGAUGCAGAAGCGCCGUUUAGAGAAGAGCAAAGGAGACGCAAAGAAGUGCAAGACCAAUGCGAUAAGAUCAGUAAACAUGCGGCAGACCUUGAAGCGCAAGCGAUCGAUCAGCAUCUGUACUUGGAGACGCUCGAAAAAGAAAAGCUUCAGAUACAGGCGGAUCUUGGCGCCGUCCAAUCCGACAAUGACGACCUUUCUGAAGAGGCAACAGAGCUUCGCCGGCACUUGAAGGAGGCGCAUCAACAAGCUGAGCGGCAGGUAGCAGCACUCAGUGCGCAACACAUGGAGAAGGAGAUGGAGUUCCGAACCGUUGUUGCAGCCAAGAACAGUAGCAUCGAGGAGCACGAAAGGAUCGUCCGUGAAAUGGCCAAGGACAAAGCGGCCACUCAGGCCGAGCUCCAGUCAGUGCGUCAAGAGCUGGACGAGGUACGUGGCAACCAUGACCUGGUGCGCAAGAAGCUCUCGGAAGUCGAGCAUAGCCUCUCCGUAGAUAACACUCGUCUCGUCGAUAUGGAAGCUCAGCUGCAAAUGCUGAAGGCUGAGAAGGUGGAGAUGAGCGCUCUGAGGAAGCAAACACAAGCGAGGCUUGAUGCAAUGAACGCCCAGCUGUCCGCACUGAACGAGAAAUACGAGGGACUCAUAGUCUCAUCGAGAGAAGAGAUGGAGACGUUGGCUUACAAACAUCAAGAAAUACUCCAUACUCUCAAUGAGCAGGCAAGUAACACUCAACAUGAGGAAGAGUUGCGGCGGAUUCACGAGGAAAGCGCUCAGCUCCGACACGCGCACGACUCCCUUGGCCUCGAACUGCAAGGGAAAGAGACGGAGGUGGCGAAGCUGAUGCGAAAGAUUGACAAGCUCACCAAAGCAUUCGUCGAGAAAGAGGCCGAACUUACCGAAGCGCAGAACAUCCGGAAGAACAUGCUUGGCGCUCUAGGUAUCCAGGAAGAGGUCGCCGCCGCUCUAGUUCAGGCUCCCGGUACGAAGAUGGACCGUGGCCAGCCUCCGAGAACUCGUGCCCUUCAACGGAAGAGCCAUCCAGGCGCCAUAUCGCAGGCUCGCCAUGCUUUUGACGAGGACCCGCUGGAUACAGCGGAGCCGGCGAUGGAUGCGAACCGCUCGUUCGAGUCUGCAUCGUCGAAGAGCGGGCCCACUCCCAAGCGCGCAAAGCCGCGCAAGUCCUUCAAAGUACCAACUCUACAGCAGCCGCGUCUCAGUGUUUUCCCGCACUCGGUCAAAUCCGUGAGAAGUAAGCCGGUCCCGGGCCGGCAACCUUUGAUGGACGUGUCUGCUGGCCGCGGCAACAUGUCUCCUGUGCGUGUUGGAGGCGAUGGCAAGGAUCCCUUCAAACGUAAAGAUCCGACAGUGACCGAUCGAGAGGACGACCAGACGGACCAGUGCGAAGAGAUGGAGGAUCUGCCGUUCGAUACCGGUGAAGUGCUAAGUGGUACUCCGGCAACACCUCUGUCUAUCGUGCCGCGCAAGCUGCGCAGUACUUUUGAUGGGACGACGGCGGAAUUCUAG